UUUAUAAAUUAAUAUUAUAUUUGAAUUGUGUAUAUAUUUUAUUAUUUAUACAAAUUAUUUAUAAUUAUAACAGUCAAUAUAAUUAUAUGUCUUAAGUUUUCUGCAUAAUAAACUUAAUUUGAUUAGUAUAUUUGCUCAUUAGAUACAAUUAUAUUAUUAAAAAUAAAAUGCAAAUUUAAAAUAUUGAAUAUCGACAAAUUUUCUAAUUUUUAUGCUAUGUAUAAUACAGAUCUUGUAACAUAAAAAAAAAAAAGAAUUACUUUUAAUAUUCUUCAUAAUAACGUAUUUUUGAUACAAAUAUCACGAAUUUUCUUAUUUUGUUUAAACUAUUAUAAAAUGAGAAUUUUAUCGGAGAACUUGCAUCAUAAAGAAACUACAAAGGAAGAUAUCAUGGAUACAAUUUUUAUGUGCGAAAAUAGCAAAAAUACAAAAGAACGUUCAAAACCUCAACAACUGGAAGAUAAAACAGUCAAUGAUAAUAAUGCGAUUGAAGAAGCCUUUCCGUGGUUACUAGAAUUCAAUAAAAUUGUAUGUUCAUCUACAGGAAAUAGGAGUUAUCGACAUCUCGAACGAUUGCUUUUAUUCUAUACCCAGAAUGUUCUUUCUAGUGUGAAAGCAAGCAAUGUUAAGUGUAGCGAUGCAAUUAAUUUAAAAAACAAUAUUAAUAAUAUAUUAAUAUUCUUUCACUUAUAUUGGCUUGAUAUAAAACAGGAGAUAGCUGAUCAUAGUUUAUAUUUAAAUAAAAUGUCAGCGUUAUUAAGUGUAUAUAUAGAUAUGGAAACUUCCAGACAAGAAAUUGUAAAGAUUUUUGCAGCGUUGUAUAUAUACUUAAGUAAGUAUUAACAAAAAACUGAUUUCUUAUACAAACCAA